UUCAGAAGUCUUUAUAAACUUUAGUUUUAAAAUCAACAUUCGUCUUAAUUAAAAAUGAAAAAUAUUGGUGGAAUUUUACUAAACUUCAGUUUAUUCAUCGGAUGCUUUAUGACAUGUUCGACGUCUAAUACGCCUAAAGUGCAAGUCCAUUCUGGUGAAAUUGCAGGUGGAUUUGAAUAUACCUAUAAUGGUCGAAAAAUUUACUCAUUCUUAGGCAUACCAUAUGCAAGUCCUCCAAUUCAAAACAAUCGAUUUAAAGAACCGCAACCAGUACAGCCUUGGUUGGGAGUAUGGAACGCCACCGUUCCUGGAAGUGCCUGUUUAGGAAUAGACUUUGGAUCAAUUUUAUCUGAUACUAAAUUUAUUGGUCAGGAAGAUUGUUUAUUUCUCAACGUUUACACAACUAAGGUAAUUUACAAAUACAAUAUGUACAUUUCACUACAAUCACAAGUCUUGAUUUUUUUGGUGGGAAGGGGUGUAGAAGAAUAUCAUAAUUUUACUUUAUUCAUUAUUGUUAGAUGUAACUAUUUUCUACAUACUUCAAUGACCCACGAUGCACUAUCUGAAGCAGUAAUAAAUCGACAAAUUGUAAGUAAUUCUCUUAAGCGAAAAGGUACACAAGAGUUAUAUGAAAGACCAGCUAAACUAAUGCACCGACAUUUAAAAGAAAGUAUUGAUUUCAGUGUUAAAAGUACAUUAACAAUUACAGAUAUUCGCUAUAUAAAAAAUAAUUUAUAUCGAGCUCGAAGUGAACAACUACCAAAAUUACCAACAAAUAUUUUAACUGUCCAUUCAGCAUUAAAUGCUAUCGACUGUAUUACAAACGAAAAUGAACCUUUGCGUGCGAAAAUGAACAGCGAACUACAAACGCGUUGUCGCAAUAUAAAUAAAAAUUUACCACUUCUUGUUGAUUAUAAUUACACGAUUUCAAACGAGAGUCUGAGAAUCAAAAUUGCCCAAGAUAUAAAACAGUUUUACUUUGGUGACAAACCAAUAUCAAAAGAAACCAAAAGUAAUCUUGCACAAAUGAUUUCAGAUAGAUCAUUUGUAUAUGGUACAAGUAAGGCAGCUCAGCACAUUACUGCAAAGAAUACCGCACCUGUAUAUUUCUACGAAUUUGGGUAUAGCGGUAAUUAUUCUUACACAGCUUUUUUCGAUCCAAAAUCAUAUAACCGAGGAUCAAGCUCAACUCAUGGCGAUGAAACCAGUUAUGUUUUAAAAGUGGAUGGUUUCUCUGUUUACGACAAUGAAGAAGAUAAAAAGAUGAUCAAAACUAUGGUUAAUAUUUGGGCAACAUUCAUUAAAGUCGGAGUACCAGAUACUGAAAAUUCAGAAAUUUGGUUACCUGUUUCUAAGAAUCAAGCAGAUCCUUUCAGAUUCAAUAAGAUUACUCAACAACAAACAUUUGAAGCCAGAGAAAAAUCAAACCACGGGAAUUAUGAAUUUUGGAGUAGCUUACCAUUAAAUGAAUUUUUCGAAUUUAAUGUGCCAGAAGACAUAAAAACUGAAUUAUAA